UUCCCGGACUCGCGCAAAAAUCUUCGACCCCGUCGUGGUACAUACUCUCCCCUCUCGUUGAGAGACGCGAGAAACGCGUCGGUCGGUUGACGUCGCGGACGCUAGUUUGACGCCAGAUUGUUUUUCCGCGGGAAUCUCGCUUGGGAAGUUCGAGUCGCGAACCGAAUAAUCAUCCUUGGCGACGUUUCGUUGAGAAAGAGAGAAGUGGGUCGCCCGAUCUCGCCCACGCGAGAGCCCCACCUUCGCGUAUCGCGGUCGGUCCAGGAGUUCCUCAGUGGCGCAUCGCGCACGUCCUCGGGAGGAUCGUAAUCGUCGGCAAGGAAUUGCGUGCAGAACAGGGGCGCGAAGAAUCGGUUCAAACGAACGCAAGGCGAACUAGGUGACGUCACUCUUUGUCGACACAUCGGCGAAGGAUACGGGGGAAAAAAAAAAGCGAAGGUGUGACCAUCGUUCGGAUUGUUCGUCCUCUGUAGCGAAAGAGAAAGAGGGAAGGGGAGACGCUAAGCACAAGGAAAAUGCCCGGCGCCGGUGGUCAGCCGCCGCAGAGGACCACCUUUCGACCACCAUGGGUCAAGGAAGGUCCAAACCCGCUGCCGAUGCCCACCGCGCCCUGGACCCUCAACUCCCGUAGAGACUCUAAGCCGAAAACCGAGGAAGUUCCCGCCUUCACUCAAGUCACCUUAAAGAGUGUGCCAAAACCCGCAGAGUCCGCGGCACCUUCCUCGGAUGAACCACAACCACGUAAACCUGCCUUUGAAGGACAACCGCGUAAACCUUCCUCAGAUGGACAACCACGUAAACUUUCCUCAGAUGGACAACUGCGUAAACCUCCCUCAGAUGGACAACCGCGUAAACCUCCCUCAGAUGAACAACCGCGUAAACCUCCCUCAGAUGGACAACCGCGUAAACCUCCCUCAGAUGGACAACCGCGUAAACCUCCCUCAGAUGGACAACCGCGUAAACCUCCCUCAGAUGGACAACCGCGUAAACCUCCCUCAGAUGGACAACCGCGUAAACCUCCCUCAGAUGGACAACCGCGUAAACCUCCCUCAGAUGGACAACCGCGUAAACCUCCCUCAGAUGGACAACCGCGUAAACCUCCCUCAGAUGGACAACCGCGUAAACCUCCCUCAGAUGGACAACCGCGUAAACCUCCCUCAGAUGGACAACCGCGUAAACCUCCCUCAGAUGGACAACCGCGUAAACCUCCCUCAGAUGGACAACCGCGUAAACCUCCCUCAGAUGGACAACCGCGUAAACCUCCCUCAGAUGGACAACCGCGUAAACCUCCCUCAGAUGGACAACCGCGUAAACCUCCCUCAGAUGGACAACCGCGUAAACCUCCCUCAGAUGGACAACCGCGUAAACCUCCCUCAGAUGGACAACCGCGUAAACCUCCCUCAGAUGGACAACCGCGUAAACCUCCCUCAGAUGGACAACCGCGUAAACCUCCCUCAGAUGGACAACCGCGUAAACCUCCCUCAGAUGAACAACCGCGUAAACUUUCUUCAGAUGGACAACCGCGUAAACAAAGUAAAAUCACGAUAAUACCGUCGCCACCGAAGAAUGAGAAGAUACCGAGCGGUCGGCCGAUGUUGCGCGAGAAUGGGCGGCAGGAGCCAAAUUCGAGGCCACAGCUCGAACGGCAAGUUCGUAUCGAGAGAUCUCGAUCGCGUGGUGACAGUAUACCACUCUCCAAGAGUGAGAGCACUACAGGUGCCCCGACAUUAUCGAAGAGCUCCUCAAGAGCGAACAUACCACCGCCUCCCCCACCACGACCACCACCACCACCACCUGCCAGGACAAUCCUUAAGGAGCUCCCACUACUCAACGAUAAUCAAAUGCAAAAGCUGGAUAUUUUGAAGUCCAGGCCCAGGAAGCGUCCUGAUUGGGCCAGUAUGAUGAAGGAAGUGGAAAGCGGCAAGACUUUGAGGCAUGUGAAGUGCAAUGACAGAAGCGCACCUCUGAUUGAAAGAGUGAACAAAGUCACAGCUGACCCAGCAGGUAAGGCCCACUUCGUGUUCGAGUCUGAAAAGUCAAAUAUGCACAAUCAACUGCUGAAGCAGAUUCAGCAAGGAGUGAGGCUUAAAAGUGUCAAGACAAAUGAUCGUUCAAAGCCAGUAUUGGAAGGUCUUCGGAAAUUUCGACGACAGUUGACUAUAGAGGAACAAAUACAAAAGGCGGAAGAGACGCCCGUAGAAGAUGAAAUCCAGGAUGAGAUGGACGAUAUAGACGCAGUAAGGGAUGAUUUACAAAGCACAAAGCAAAUGCUGGCGUUAGAAUUGAGAAACAAGGAUGCUUUGGAGCGUGACAAUAAACGUUUACAGGUUAGAAUUUUGAAUCUCGAGUCAGAACUGGAUCGUGUGAAGUCCCAGAAAAACGUUCAGGAGAGUAAGCAGCAAGACGAAAAACUUACGGAAUCCUUAAGACAGGAAGCACAACAAGCGAAAAAAGAUGCGGAAAAAGCCGAGAAGGAAUACACUAGCGCUGCCGAGGAAAGAGAUAAAGCGAAAAACGAAUUAGAAGAAAUGAAAAGAAUGUAUACAGCGUUGGAGAGACGCAUGAAAGUUGCAGAAGAGCUUGAAUCAGUUGAGGCUGAACCAAUUGUUCAGCUAAUGGAAGAUUGGAAGGACGUAGGAUACGCGAUGUACGAUUUUACAGGAAUGGCACUGGCCGGUUGUCCUAGCGCAAAGGACGUAGUCAAAGUCGCAACGCAGAAAAGUAUAGAUAAACAAGAUCCCAGUGAAAGCGAGGAGGAAGAGGAGAGUACAGAGGAAGAGGACGAGGAGGAGGAGGAAGAUCCAAAAGCUGCCGCAGAAAAACGAGCGCAGAGGGAAAUUAAAUUUCUCAUUUCGAAGAUUAAGAGCUUCAAGGACAAGGCGGUAAACGCUCGAAAAGAGAGGCAUGCACUAAAGGAACAAAUCAAGCAGCAGCAAAAAUUACUAGGUGAGGAAAAGAAGAAGUUUAAGCAGCUGCAAAAGGAAGUGGACAAGAUGGCUAAAUUAAUGUCGGAGAACGACGAAGAGGAGGAAGAGGAAGAGGAGGAAGAAGAAGAAGAUGAGGAGGAAGAGACGGAAUCUGAGGAAGAGUCGGAAUCCGACGAAUCGGAAGAAGAAUCCGAAUCGGACGACGAGAAAGCACCUUUCGAGCAACGUAAAAAUAUAUUUGAAAAGCGCGUUAAAAGGCACGAAGGACGGCUGGCGGCUUUGAAGAAAGGCAAUUAUUUACUCAAGGCCCAAGUGGAUAGGAUUAAGGACAAUUUGGUGAAACAGCGAGAGCAGAGUAUUACCCUGCAGGAAGACCUCGACUCUGUCUUAGCGGAGCUAGGUUAGAACGUAAGGAAAAGAUAUUUUCUGAGAGUACAGAAAAUGUAUACAUACACGUAUAAAUAUUGCAUAUUGAAAUAUAGAAAAUAUUAUACGUAAUGAAAAGAGAAAUGAUUACACA